AUGCGUGGAGUAUACAUAACAGCAAUCGGCGGACUCGCCGCCGCUGUGACUGCCGCCAAUUCAAACAUCACAUGUGCCACUGGCCUGUACAUACUCUGCGCUCGAGGUUCAGGAGAACUCACCACAUAUCCGGGCCAUCCGGAACUGCCUCCAAACACAGGUGGAUUCGGAGAAAUUGCUUUGGCGAUCGCAAAGCAGGUCAAUGGUUCUAUCGUCGCGGGUGUUGACUACCCAGCAACGAACCCGGUGCCAGAUAACUUUAACCUGACUGACCCGUCAGCAAUACAAAACCUCAAUCUGACGGGCUAUUAUCAAUCAGAGAAUACCGGAGUCAGCUCAAUUCUGCAGAAUAUCAAUCAGUAUCACUCGUCUUGCCCAGACUCGAAAAUCGCCCUCAUCGGAUACUCUCAGGGUGCUCAAGUAGUUGAGGAUGCCCUUUGCGGGGGUACUGGCGGCACUUUUAAUAGUGAUGCUCCGCUAUCGCCAGAUCUAGUCAAACAGAACGUUGUUGCCGUUGCCGUUGCGGGUGACCCAACACACAUCGCCAACCUGACAAUUGAUCGGGGCACAGCUGUACACAAUGGCCGUUUUCCUCGGACGAACAUAACGGUAUGUCAGCAGUACGAUGACAUCACGGCAUCAUGGUGUGAUAAGAACGACGUCUUCUGUGAUUCGGGAGACAGCAUUACAGUGCAUGAAUCCUACGUUGGGACAUAUGCAACCCAAAUAGUGGAGUUUGUUGUCGAAAAGUACAAGAAUGCAUCAUCACAAAGUACUCCGACCCCAACUCCAAGUUCUUCGGCUACUGCGACAUCGACUAGCCCUCCAACAAGCACUACGUCGUCUAGCUCGGCUUCGGUCGUAAGCAGUGGGCAGAGCUUAUCGCUGGGAGUGGCGGUGUUGCUUGCGGUGUGUGUUCUGUUUUAG